AUGUUCACGACAGUGCGCCUCAAAACGUUGGCUAGCCGCUGUCCUGCGCGUGCGGUGAUUGCCCAACGAGGCAAGUCAACGCUGCUAGAAUGGUGUGAGAGCAACCCGAUAAAGUUCGGGGUCGGUGUCGCUACCGUCAAGACUCAGGCCGCCGACCUCCUCACCCAGAAAAGCCUCGAGGGCAAGUCGUGGGCCGAGAUCGACUGGCGACGAAACGGACUCUUCACCGUCUUUGGCUUUGCGUACCAGGGCUGCUUUCAGUAUUACCUGUACGUGACCCUCUUCUCGCGGUGGUUCGCGGGCGCGGCGCGCUUUGUCAACCAGCCGCUGAGCGUCAAGCUCACCGAUUACGCCGGCCAGCGUGACGUGCUCAAGCAGAUUGCGUUUGAUGUGCUGAUUCAUCCGAUCUGGUUCUUUCCGAUGUACUACACGCUCAAGGAGGCUCUGUGCGGCCACCCCAGCCUCUUUGAUGGCGAGUCGCCCGCUGCAAUCGGCAAGGUUGCGCUCUCGAAGUACGCCGCCAACAACUUUGACACCCGCAGCGAGGACGGCCUCCUCACCGACUGGAUCGCCUUCUGGAAGAUCUGGGUGCUGGGCGAUGUGGUGGUGUACGGCUUAUGCCCGAUGUGGGCACGGCUGCCAGCGAACCACGUCUUCUCCUUCGUGUACAUCUGCGUGCUCUCCUUCAUGCGCGGGUCGUCUGCCGAGAAGGACUUGCCCUGCGUAAUCGUCGAGCACGAGAGCGACGGUCCCAGCGAGCAGAACCAAAUCCGAAAGGAUACGGCGCUACACACGACACACGUGUGA